AUGGCUUUCCUUUACAUUUCUGUUUUCUAUUUUUUCCUCUUCUUUUUCUUUCGUAUGCACAUCAUUUCUUUGGCAUGUGAAGUGUUUCUUUUAGACUUUUUUCCUCAGUGCCCUUUUCUUCUUCUUUUUCCUUUUCUGUCCUCUUCUGCCACAGCUUCCACUUCUGUAGCUUUUCCUCCUACUGGUACCUCUUUGUCCUGUGUUGGAAGUGAUUUCCCUUCACCCAGCUGCCUCCAGCCUGAAGUUUGGUCUAACACAGAUCAUGCUCCAGUUACACUGCUACCACCUUUCCUAAGUGACCAGAUCCUGCAUGUUAAUGCUCAUAGCACCUUCCUCCUCUUUUGUCAAGCCAUAGGGUCCAGAGACGCACAUUUUGUAUGGAAAAAAAAUGGGCAAAAGAUGGCAAACUGUGUGAAUGAGCAAACCCACAUGCUGUCCAAUGGGCGAAUGCACCUCUUAAGUUGGGUGAAAGAUGCCGUGGCACAGGAUUCAGAAUACACUUGCCUGCUGAUCUCAGAAUCUGGGAGCAAAGCCUCUACCUCGUCUAUCACUGUAGAAGGUAGCAACUCUCAAGAGACCUGGUCAAGAGACUUUGCUAGCUGGAGAAGUGUUAUUGGUCAGCAUGAGAAACUGUUGGAAAAUUGGAAAAACACAUUGGUAGGUAUUACAUUUGGGGCAGGUGGAUUUUCAUUUUGUUUAGACGAAGAAAGGACAUUUUAUUUUUGCAGGGUGCCUGGAAGAAAUUGGCAAAACUGUCUUAGUUUGUGCAGAACCGUUAGCAUUUUCGCCACAAAACAGGAACACUGCAAGUCACAAAGUACUUUACAAUAUUUGUGAAGUCUUGGGCUGGUCAGUUACCAUUUCUAAAUUCAUAUUAGUUGGUUUGAAACCCGGCAAAUCAACCUGUAACUUUUGUCAAUUGCCACAUUGGCAAUUGCUAGAGAUAGUUUGGGUGUUUUUCCACAUCUGAAUGAUCUUUCUUGUACUUUCAUGAGUCACCCUUAGGCACUCCACUGUAUUCAUAUUGCCAAAAGCAGCAAAUGCACUGAAGACACCUGGUAUCGUUAGCUUACUUUCAUCAUAAAAUCCUUAUUCUAGAGUGCUCCCAGAGCCAAUUCAAAAGACCCACAGCAGUCUAAUAUGACCGUAGUAGUUCAAAGUGCACUUUUAUGAAAUGCACACUUGUCAGUUUAUUGAGAAGUUGCUGUGCUGGUCCAUAACUGUAAUAAAGACUGAACUGAAAUUGAGAUGAGCAUGCAAAGUCUUACGUCCCUGUAGAAAGUAAGAUUAGUAGACUCAGGGACAAGGUAUUACGUUUAUUACUGUAUAAUGAUUCACUCGGAUUAAAAGGCUUUUUCUGGUUUGUAUUUAUUUAGGACAGUUGCAACAAAAGUAGCACCGUGUAAGAGGCUAAAAGUGUUGUUGAAAAAGAAAAGAUACUCUGACAUCGAACUAGCUCAGGUAUGACCUGUGUGCCAAUCAUUCUAAGCAGAAGAUAGCAGGGAAACUAGCCUGUUGCUUUAUCAGCUGAUGUGAACCGUGUGUAUUGAA